UAUAAGUAGAUACGUGUGCGCAGAGGCCACAAUACACGGCUCACCUUCAAGUAGCAUGGGAAAAAGUGCAAAAUUCAGAGCAGUCCGCAGGGGAAGGGUGAUGGAUCCAUAUAUAGAGCUAGGUAAGCCCCAAGGCGAACACAAUUGUGAACUGCAGUCAAUCAAAUAAGAAUUACAUGCAUAUUAGAUGAGUCAGCGCAAUCGCAACAAAAGUCGCAGACACCCAUCAAACACCACUCAAAGUUGAACUUCAAAAUCAACUGGGGGCAAGUUUUCCAGCUCCAACGUGAGUUGGCACGGCUCCAAAACAAAGGCAGCCAGCUGUUUUACGUUAAAUGGAGCACGAAGAGCAGUUUCUUUUUCUUAUCUUCACAAUACACGCUGUCUCCCAAGUAGUUGGCCAAAUUAUUGACGCAUAUUUUGUAACUUCAGCAAGUUCAAUGGGUGGAGCACUACAUCGACAGGUGCAAAUCGGAGCCAACAAUGGGGAGAAAUCAAUAAACAAUUGUGAGAGGUGCUAAGUGAAUUAUCUGAUAUAGACUUUCUUCAGUUUUCGGAAAGCAUUCUCACACGGAUUUAUAACCGACUAAUGAGAUAUUUCUUGGCAUUAUUUAACUUGAUUUAAUCCUUUUUCGGUCGUACUUAUAACAACAUUGCGGCGAUAGCAGGAUGUAAGCACAACGGAGAUUGCGUGAUUAACAAGAAGAACAGAACGGCCUGCAAAGCGUGUCGCCUGCGCAAGUGCCUCCUGGUCGGAAUGUCCAAGAGUGGCUCCCGCUACGGUCGCCGGUCCAACUGGUUCAAGAUCCACUGCCUGUUGCAGGAGCAGCAGACGACGUCGGGCCUCGGUGGAGGGAGCUCCGUGGGAAGCGGAUCAGGCGGCGGAGUGAGCAGUGCGAGUCUGGAGCAGCUGGCACGAUUGCAGCAGGCCAGUAACCAGGCGCGGCAAACCUAUCAGGACAAGACCAAUCCCUGCAUCAAGUCAGCCACGGCGACAUCACCCAGAAUCGAGGGUGCGGCAGUGGGCACGGGAAUCGGUGGCGGCGCCUCGCCGUCAUUCCUGCAAGCGGCGAAACUCCACCACCAGCGACAGUUAAAGCUCGAGUCCCGCCUUAGCAACACUCCCAGCGAUUCAGGAGCAUCUUCGGCGGGAGAUCCCAAUGAAGAUGGUGCAACCAGCGUCCUCAGUGGCCAGAUCGCAACACCAUCAUCCACCAACGCCACCAGCCUGCCCAAGCUGGAUCUGCGGCAUCCGAACUUUCCGGCCACCUCGGAGCCGGAUGCUGAUAUGCAGCGGCAGCGCCACCAGGAGCUGCUCGAGAUCUUUCGCAGUCACUCGGAACCGCUAUACAGCUCCUUUGCCCCAUUCAGCCACCUGCCACCUGUGCUGCUCGCCGCCGGAGUUCCGCAGCUGCCCAUUUUCAAGGAUCAGUUUAAGGCUGAGCUGCUGUUUCCGACGACCAGCAGUCCGGAGCUCGAAGAGCCCAUCGAUCUGUCCUUUAGAUCCCGAGCAGACCCUGCGAGUCCGAUGGCCCACAACUCCAAUAGUCCCAGUUUAAGUGAGCCAGCUGCGGCGACCCACUGUUUGGGGGAAUCGCCAAACUUCGUCCGAAAGUCCACGCCCCUUGAUCUCACCCUGGUGAGGUCACAAACGUUGACAGGCUGAGAUCAUCUCGUGAUUGCCGGAGAAUUCGCUCGAGUGCCAAAAUAAUUUUGAAAACCAUAGGCUUAGGUAUGUAAAAAGUAUUUUAUCAACUUGAGAGAUGAGUUAGAUGGGUUUCAGGAUGAUGAUUGAUUGCGGUGACAUUACUUUUGCUUACUAGUAAAUGUAUAAUUACUUUUUGGAAGUCCACGUUACUAUUACAAUAAUAAAUAACAAAUCAAUAAAUUAUUUAAAAAUUGUUGUAAUUUCCCACCUACUUGAAACAUGAACUACAACAAACAUAAGCAGCAUUUUAAAAUGCCGAAAGACAUUAAACAUUUUGGUGCCAGUAAAAAUGAUGUACAAAUAUCCAUAUUAUUAUUCAUAACUAUAGCUCAAUGACCUUAAGCAACCUUAAAAUAAUUAAGUUUAUUAACUUGAUAUAUGUAUAAUACAAUACUUAGCCCAAUUUACUUUGCUUUUAUUUUCAUUGUUUUCUUAACUUAUAUAUAGGAAUUCUUUAAGACUCAGAUAGGGAAUAUUAAUUUAGAGUGUUGUUCUCGUAUUAACCUUAUGUUUGUUUUAUUAUUUUUAAAUUAUUUAUUUUCUUAGAAAGUUAAGAAUAUUAAAGUGUAAAUGAGGAAACAAA